UUUCUUCAAAUCGUUUCCUUCAAAUCGAUUUCUUCAAACAAUGUUCUUGUUGUUGAAGAAAUCGAUUUCUUCGAAUCUUCUGAAAUCGAAAUCGAACCUGUUGAUAUCUAUGUUCUUUUCUAAAAUCGGUAACUUCUUUUUCUAAAACCUGAAAUCAAACCUGAUAUCCAUCUUCCUGUCAAAAUCUCAUGAAUGUAGUCUUCGUGUUAACUUCAUGUGAUGCCUGCAACUUCUGAAAUUGUUGUCUUCUGGAAAUCGAUUCCAUUCUUGUGAUGUAACCUUCCCAGUAACAUAACCUGAGAAAAAAAGCAUGUAGUUGGAAAUUUCUUAAUGCAAAAUUGGUAUCAAUCAGAAAACUUCAAAGAAGCAACCAAUAGCUGAGAUGGAAACUCUAGCACUUCUAAGUCAAAGCAAGGUUCGAGACUAUAGGUGCUCUAGAUUCAAAAUUUGCAACUUCUCUUUUACCACAUGUGAUAGAAAUCUCAACUUCGAUCAAUAAUGAAAGAGAAACUUUGGAUCAGAGGACAUUCACUGGACUUCACAUUAGAUCACCCAAAAUGCAAGGGGUUACACUCAAAUGAGUUGCGAAUGGAUAGAAAUGGGAAGGUUAAGGUUUUAAGGUUUUUUGGCACCAUAUACAGGAACUAGGUAUCAUUUAUGAGAAUGGGAAGACAUUAGUCGUGCACCUACUAAGAAGAAAGAAUACUUUAACAUGAAACACUCACAUGCUAGAAAUAUUAUUGAGAGGUGCUUUGAUAUCAUGAAAAAACAUUCGGCUACAUUACAAAGUCCUUCUAAUUAUCCAUAUAAGAUAUCAAGGGCGAAUGAUCUUAGCAUGUGGUUUGCUGCAUGAUGUUUUAGGAUAUACAUGGCCAUUAAUCCUCAUGAAAAUGAAACAAUCACUAUUUAAAAAUAUGCCUACUGGGGAAGAGCACUUUAAACCAUCCGAGUUCAUUGAACAAGAGUAAUAAUCGUGUUCCUAUUGAUUACAAGAGUUGUCUAAGUAUUGACUAUUGAGGACACCAAAAUUCAAUUGAUGUUAUUCAACAUAAUUUACCUAAAUCGCAGAUCUAAUCCACCUAAUUCUAGGUCGUAUAAAAAACGACAUAUUAUGAGAUAAUCGGUACGAAUCUCAGCUAUCAAUUGUUGUGAUAUUACUUUUACUCUAAAAACGAAGUGUGGUUUUUUGUGAUAUCUUCUAUAAUUCUACUGCGAUUAAUUGGAAAGGAAACUUAAGAGGUUUCCAAUUUGAAAAUGCUGGCUAAGAGACUAUUUUAAAUUUUCCUAAAAUAGUCUUUUCCGCAGCGUUUUCAAUAUUUUUUUGGGUAUACUUGGUAGAUGCACUGUGUGCAUAUGGAGUUGUAUGUUUCACUAUAAGUUAUAUUCCAAGGGAGUACAAAUAACGAUUUUGUUUUCUGCAGGUCUGUCAUUUAGACCGCCUUUUCUGGCGGCCAAAUCCCGACCAAUCUCCAAGUUACAGGUUCCACGCUUUUGCACAGGGUAAAUCAAUUCUAAGAAAUGUCUGCUCCACAAGAGAGGUGGUGUGUUGUCACUGGAGGAAGAGGCUUUGCUGCACGGCAUUUAGUUGAUAUGCUGAUCAGGUAUGAAAUAUAUUCUGUUCGGAUUGCUGAUUUGGCUCCUGAUAUUAAGCUCGAAACCCAUGAGGAAAAGGGAAAUCUUGGUCAAGCUUUACGAUUAGGCCGUGCUCAAUACGUAUCUAUGGAUCUCUGUGACAAAUCUCAAGUAAACAAAGCUUGUGAAGGGGCCGAAGUUGUUUUUCAUAUGGCUGCACCAGAUUCAUCCAUUAAUAACUACAAGCUGCAUUAUGCAGUCAAUGUGCAAGGCACCAAGAACGUAAUUGAUGCUUGUACCAAGCUCAACGUGAAGAGGCUUAUCUAUACUAGUUCUCCUAGUGUGGUUUUUGAUGGGGUGCAUGGAAUAUAUAAUGGAGAUGAAUCAUUGCCAUAUGCUGCUAAGCAUAACGAUUCAUAUUCUGAAACUAAAGCUGAGGGAGAGGCAUUAGUUAUCAAGGCUAAUGGCAUCAAUGGACUUCUGACAUGCUGCAUCCGUCCUAGCAGCAUUUUUGGACCUGGUGAUAAGUUGCUUGUUCCAUCUUUGGUUGCUGCAGCAAGGGCAGGGAAAUCGAAGUUUAUUAUUGGGGACGGCACAAACAUGUAUGAUUUCACCUAUGUUGAAAAUGUGGCACAUGCUCAUGUAUGUGCUGAAAGAGCUCUAGCAUCAGAUGGAUCUGCAUCAAAGAGAGCUGCAGGCGAGGCUUACUUUGUAACCAAUAUGGAGCCGAUCAAGUUUUGGGAGUUCAUGUCACUUAUUCUUGUAGGCCUUGGCUAUGAAAGGCCAAGAAUCAAGAUUCCUGCUGCUGUCAUGAUGCCUAUUGCACAUUUGGUGGAGCGUACUUAUAACAUAUUAGCCCCAUAUGGGAUGAAGGUACCACAGUUGACGCCUUCAAGAAUAAGACUUCUGACUUGCAACAGAACAUUUAAUUCUGGAAAGGCAAAUGAUCGUCUUGGCUAUAUACCAAUUGUGCCCCUUCAGGAGGGUCUCAAAAGGACUAUUGAAUCAUACCCAGAUCUUAGGGCUGAGCUUUUGCCUAGAAAGGAAGGGCCUUCUAAAGCUGCUGUAUAUCUUGGAAACGGAAUCGUUGCGGACAUACUUCUUUGGAGAGAUACAAAGCUGACGUUCACCGGGAUGCUCGCUUUGAUUGUAUUUUACGUCAGUUUUGUAUUACCUGGAAGUACCAUGAUAACUGCAGUUUCCAAGGUCCUCAUGUGGGCGUCAAUCCUUAUAUUCAUUCAUGGAAAAUUGCCCAAUCAUUUAAUGGGAUAUUCAGUCGAGAAAAUUCCGGAAUCAAAGUUUCAGUGCUCGGAAGAAAUGUCCCGCAGAACUGCUCUAUCAGUGGCUUCAUCGUGGAAUUGUGCAGUAAACAAUUUAAAAUCUAUUUCCAGUGGGCAUGACUGGACGCUAUUCUUCAAGAUGGCUAUAUCUCUCUUUAUUGUAAGCUGCAUUGGAUCCAUGUCCCUGCAAAGCUUUUUUCUAAAAGUCGUUCCCUUUAGCUUUGUUGUGUUCUACAUUUACGAUCAAUAUGAAGACGAAGUGGACAGGAUUGUUCAAACAGUUAUCCCAAUCGAACGCUUAUCAAAUCCCGACUUCUUAAGAUUAUUGAAUCCCUUCAAGCCGCUUGACAAACAGCAUUAG